AUGCAGCAACAAGAUUAUCAAAAAGUCUUUGAGGCUACAGCGGAAUUCCUAAAGGAUCCAUUUCAUGAAAUUUUUCAUACCAUGGUAUUUCUUAAUGAUGCCAGCCUUCCUGAAUAUUCUAAAUACGUUUCUAAGCCAAUCGCUCUUGAGGUUAUUAAAGCAAAUUUAGAAUCUAAAAAAUAUUCUACACCAGCAGAAUGGUACAAUGAUAUAAAUCGUAUGUACCAAAAUGCUAUCGAAUACCAUUAUAAAUCGCCAGUUGGUACCAAGGAAAUUGGUAUCCUGGCAACAUACUUACAAUGGAAAUUCAAGAAACAGUACAAGAACAUGCUUAUCAAAAGUGAUAAAGAAUGGCUUAAUAAAGUUAUUAAAAAAUCAAAUCAGAUUACAGAAAUUAUGCAAAAUAUGCCAAUCUCAUCUAGACGAUCAUCUAAUCUUAGUAGCUACGUGAAGAAGAUGGAUUCGGUUACAGAACCUAUGAAACCAAUUGACGUGACUCCUACUGUAGAAAAAUUAAACAACUCACUCUCUGAUGUUGAGUUUAGACAGGACAUCUACCAAUUACUCAAAGAAACAGAAGGAAUCGUACCAGGAACGAUUCCAAAUGAUACAAUUGAUUUUGAGAAGCUUAAACCUGGCACACAGAAUAUCAUCAAAGAUUAUGUUAAUCGCCAUUAA